UAUGUCAUCUUGGAUUAUUUCAACUAGUAAGAAUGUAUUAACAUUGUAUUGUAAGAAGUUUGAAUGUUGCAAUGAUGAACAAAUACCUUACAAGAUAGAUAAUUUUAAAGAUCUGUUGUCUAAACGAGUGUGUGGGCAGCACAUAGCAGUAGAUAUAAUAGUAAAUGCAAUUAUUAGUCAUGUAAAAAAUUCUAAUCCUAAAAAGCCAUUAGUUAUGGGUUUUCAUGGUCCAAAUGGAAGUGGUAAAACCUAUAUUUCAAGAUUAAUCGCAGAAACACUUUAUGAAAAUGGAGAAAACAGUCGGUACUUCCAUUUUUAUUAUGGACUACAACAUUUUCCAUUAAUUGAAAAAUUAUCAGAAUAUCAGGACAAAUUGAGGACAGAUAUUGAUACAGCUAUUAAAAAGUGUGGAAAGUCAUUAUUUAUAUUUGAUGGAGUUGAUCAGAUGCCUCCUGGAUUAUUAAACAUACUAAUGCCUUUUCUCGAUUGUCCUCAUUGUGAUAAAGAGAAAACAGAAAAGAAUAAAGCUAUUUUUAUAUUUUUAACUAAUGCAGGAAGUUUAAUAAUUCAAAACUCUCUGUUAGACAAACUAUCACAAGGUAUAGAUCGAAAAUCUACAACAUUUCAUGACUUUGAAAAAUUAAUAAUAUCAGAAAUAUUCACUCAUGAUGGUGGCUUGUUUAAAAGUUUAAUGAUUAAAUCUGAUGCCAUUGAUUUUUAUGUGCCAUUUUUACCACUAGAAAAAGAACAUGUUGCUUACUGUAUUAAAGAGGCUUUUAAUGAAUUAAAUAUAUCCCCUAUUAAAAAAAUCCCCUAUAAAAGUUUAGAAAACAAAGUUUUUAAAGAAUUAAGAUUUGGACCUGAACCAGACAAUUUAUUCUCCAGUAGUGGAUGCAAAAGAGUUUCACAAAUAACUGGAAGACUUAUUACGAGUUAUAACACAAACAUAAAUAUUUCCAGUGAAAUUGAUUUUCAUAAAAGUGAGUUGUAA